GCGCUCCCUCAGCUUGCAAGGCCUGGAGCUGGCGGGUCCCGCGCUGCCCCGCGGGAGGGGCCGAGCCCGUGUUCCUCCUCCCUACCGGUCCGCAUCCUUAAAGCACGAGUCCAGACGCCCCGCCUGUUGGAGAGGGCGCCGGGAUCCGGCCAGUGAACGGCGGAGGGAAGCCAGGGCCGACCGUGGAGGGCCUGAGGCCGCAGAGCUGCCGCGGCUGAUACGCGAGUGUCUCGGCCUCCACCGAGAGGUUGCAGGACCUGCGAGGGCAGGGUUCCCGGGCGCCAUUGCCGGCCGUCAGAGCGCCGCCCGGCCCCUGUUCGCCCUUGGCUGCUCUUCCCUGGCUGGGAGGAGCUGCAGCUCGGGAUCAUCGCUAGCCCCCGGCCGGGACUCGUGAGACGGGUGCCUUGUCUGUUGCCCGCGCAGGGCCGCCCGGGCCGAGACCAUGUUUGACAAGACGCGGCUGCCGUACGUGGCCCUCGAUGUGUUCUGCGUGAUCCUGGCUUCCAUGCCUAUGGCUGUUCUAAAUUUGGGCCAAAUAUAUCCAUUUCAGAGAGGCUUUUUCUGUACAGACAACAGCAUCAAGUAUCCGUACCAUGACGGUACCGUCUCAAGCUCUGUCCUCAGCACAGUGGGGCUUGGUUUACCCAUUUCCUCUAUGGUUAUUGGAGAAACCCUGUCUGUUUACUCUAACCUCUUGCACUCAAAUUCCUUUAUCAGGAAUAACUACAUAGCCACUAUUUACAAAGCCAUUGGAACAUUUUUAUUUGGUGCAGCUGCUAGUCAGUCCCUGACUGACAUUGCCAAGUAUUCGAUAGGCAGAUUGCGGCCUCACUUCUUGGAUGUUUGUGACCCAGAUUGGUCAAAAAUCAACUGCAGUGAUGGUUACAUUGAAAACUACAUAUGUCGAGGGAAUGCAGAGAAAGUGAAGGAGGGCAGAUUAUCCUUUUAUUCAGGCCACUCGUCAUUCUCCAUGUACUCCAUGCUGUUCGUAGCACUUUAUCUUCAAGCCAGAAUGAAGGGAGACUGGGCAAGACUCUUACGGCCCACACUGCAGUUUGGUCUUGUUGCUGUAUCUAUCUACGUGGGCCUUUCUAGAGUUUCUGAUUACAAACAUCAUUGGAGUGAUGUGCUGACUGGACUCAUUCAAGGAGCUCUGGUUGCAAUACUAGUUGCUGUGUAUGUGUCAGAUUUCUUCAAGGAGAGAAAUUCUUUUAAAGAAAGAAAAGAGGAGGAUUCUCAUACAACUCUGCAUGAAACACCAACAGCGGGGAAUCACUAUCGGAACAAUCACCAACCUUGAAAGUGACAGAAUGCCCAGAUGAAGCUGGCCUGCUUUCUAAAGGAAAAUGAUUGCAACCUGAAGGCAAGAAUAUGUGUUGUUCUUGCCGGUGUACAAGCCUUUAAGGGACUGCUGCUGCUAUACCUUGGACGCCCACUUUACAUGUGUGUAUAUAGUUUAACACAACACUUAAUCUAAUAGCUCUAAAUUCAUAAAAAAAUUCAAGCCUUUCACUAAAACAAUGCCCCACCUGUACAUUUUUUAUUAAAAAAAUGUAAUGCUUAUGUACAAAUGUGUAUGUAAUAUGCUUCCUUGGAAUGCUUGAUUUAAAUAUAAUACAUAUUAAAAUG